AGCUAAAGCAAAGCGCAGAUGUGUCGUACUGUGUACACUACGACAGUAAUGGAAUUACCUACAUUUACAACAAAAGUAGAAAACCAGAAAAGAAACAACAACACAGCUCAUAUGUGCAAGUUGGCUCACAAGGUUAACUGAAAAGAUCCGAUUCAAAGAGUCGACUCGUUCGAGAAUGACACACCGCUCUAAAGCAGGGCUGCGACCGCAAAAACUGUCCAGUGUCUCACGCUGCAUUGUUAGUACCACGUCCGUGUUUUAAUAGUUCACUACAACCCGCUGUAUCUCCCAGUACGAACUCUAAGAGUGCGUUAUUCAAGACGCAGCUUAUAUCUACUUCUUUCCGUUUGCGUUUGCAAGCGGAACUACAGCUAUGACUUCAGUUUCGAGACGGAGCAUUUAGUCUGCGGAACUAGUCUUAGAACCCUGUAAUAGAUUGAAGUAUUAUGUAUAAGGCUAUGAAUAAAGCUUGCUGUGCUGUCUAAUCGCGUAUCUUGCUUGAUUUUCGCUUUGUUAAUGUACCUUAUAGACUGUCAUCACUGCUGUUAGCUCUUGAGAAGUCGUUAGCUAGCAAGGUUUUUACAGCAGUGAGGACUGUGAAUUGAGUGCAAAGAACAAAAUGACAUCCAAACCCACCUGCCUUAUUGUGGCCAGUGCAACGCCUCAAGGGGUGUCGGCUCGGUCCUUCCAGCAGUGCUUCUCUCUCUGUAGUCCUGUGUUUAACCUGCAGACAGCUACACCAGGGGGGAAAACUAUUGACUUCAUCGGGAUUGAUGAAAACUCAGCUCGAUGGGUUCAGGAUUUCAGUGUCAAACCAUACGCCACUCCUGCCAAACUGGAGUCUAUUGAUGGUGCCCGCUACCAGGCUCUCCUGAUCCCAGACUGCCCAGGAGCUUUGAAAGACCUUGCUCACAGCGGCUCACUGGCACGCAUCCUCACACACUUCAGCUCUCAGAAGAAGCCUGUGUGUGCUGUGGGACAGGGUGUUUCUGCACUUUGUUGUGCCACAGAGGAACAGAAAUGGAUAUUUAGUGGAUACAGUCUGACCGGACCCUCUGUGUUUGAGCUGGUGCGCUCCCCAGAUUUUGCCAACCUUCCUCUGAUUGUGGAAGACUUUGUGAAAGACAACGGCGGCUCCUACACAGCCAGUCAAGAGGACGCACUGCAUGUGGUUCUGGACCGCCACCUAGUGACUGGUCAGAAUGUUCAGUCUACCACAGCUGCAGUCAACAACCUAAUCCUGCUGUUUAACAGCAGAUGAAACCAUCACCUUUUCAGGUGCACAGCAGUGUUGACCAAUGAGCCUGGAAUACUUUGGGGGGUGGGGGGGGACCAGUCACUCUGAUAUUCCUGCUUUUGAAAGCAAUUUGUCUUAAUACAUUCUCUUAAAUUGAUCUAAACAGGAUCUACUUAAAGAUCCCAGAGAGUUUUAAACUCUCAUUUUGUGUCUGUAGUUCUGAAGGAUUUGCAGCCUUAAAGUUGCUAACAAGCUAUAAAAACUGAUAGUUUACAAUUAUAGAUCGAACAAACGUUGCCUGAAAAAUGACCUUAAAGCAAUGCAGUGUUACAUUUGUGUUGCCUAAUAAUUGGUGGCAAUUUCUCAGUCCGCACAGGAUUUCACAGAGCUUUUUCGUGAUUGUUGUUGUCAAAAUUGCUUGAUUUUGCUGCAUGUUUUUCAAAAUUUGCAGAGGUUUUUUUUUUUGUGUGUGUGUGGUUUUUUGGUGAAAUUGCAAUUGAACAAAAUUGUUUUGCACGGUCUUUCGCAGUGAUGUUUGUUGGUAAAUGAGGCCUUUUUAAGCUGUAUUCAUGUUCGACGCAUGUGAAUCGAAGAGGGCUUUGGCUGAAUGUGUAUUGUGAUGACGUCACAUGAUCAAAUCUGCGGUAAUUGAAAAAUUGCAAGCUCCUCAGAAUAUUGCGGAGUUUGUUUUGAUUUUUGCCUUAAUUUCUGCGAUCGCAAAAUCCUAGAGGGACCGAUUUAUACAUUCAGCAACUGUAGCCUGGUGUCCGUAUGAAGCGGUAUAAAUUAUAGUACAAUUUAUUGUUGAACCAAUAUUUUGUUUAAAUAUUGUGCAAAUUCACCAUCACAUGUAGAUACAUACAGUAUACAGUUAGUUUCACAGUUCUCUCAGGACGUCAUGUGAUCAUCCUGUAAAACACUGGCUAAAGUAUAAAUAACAUCAGUGUUGGCAUGGAUAGUGCCAUGUGGUAAAAAGAAGUGUUGGUGCAUAGAGAAGACUAACGUGAGCGUCUCUUCCAUCAAAGCUCGACACGUUUCUGUCAACGUCACUGAUAGUGUUGAUGUGAGUAGAUGAAGACUACUUCAUCUACUUGAAGACUACUCUAUAUAUCUACAUAUCUAAUGUUUUGAGCCCAAAACCUGUAUCUCUGUGAUUAUGUCCUGCCUUUAGUUGAAAUAGUCACAAAGCUGUGAUCGCUGAAAUUGUACCAAUUACAGUAUUGUACAUAUAAUAUCCAUACAAAUAAAGAAUGCUAAUAAAGCAUGUAUUGUCGCUGAUUUUUUAUACAAACUAAGAUUAAAAUAUUUCAUAAAAUGAAUCA